AUGGAAGUAAUCAGACAAACUGCACGAAGGGCAGAUUCUGUUAGCGAUUCCCAACAGUGCAGGAGACGCGAAGCUGAAAGGCAUGAAAUCGAGGUUCAGUCAGCCCCAGCAAUACCCAUUGGAAACAUGCUGGGUAAAAAUCAUUCUCAUGACAGAGCCCUAGAUCUUGAUCAAGAUCGAGAUCAUGCUCAUAACAGAUCCCUGGAUGGUGGACGAGAUCGAGAUCGUUUCCGCAACAGAACUCCAGAUCUGAAUCGAAAAAGGGAAAAACAACCAGUGAUCGACAACGAAGGAAUGGACGUUGAUGGGGAAAACCCACAAGUUCAAGGAAACAAUGAACGCGUAUUCGGCAGUCCGUCAAGAAGGAAAAACGAUCAGCAGGGCCAGCGAGACGGACGAACUGCGACUCCUAGUACAAAUGAACUGUUGCACAAUCGGCUGAACGAGUGCGAGAAAGAGAUCGCUCUCCUGAUAUUGGAACGUGAGAACCAGUCUGGUCCUAGGUCUGGUAAUCUGAACAACCAGAGGGGUCGGUCUGUAUGGCAGUGCCUUGGAAGACAAGUUAGCCCGAAAGCUGCAUAUCGAAGCAGAGAAGUGGUCGAUCUUGAUCGGCCAUAG